CCACCAAUUUAACCCUACCAUUUCGGGGCGGAAACCCUCGUCAUCUCCUUUCGGCGGCGGCGGCGGCGGCGGCGCGCGGUCGUGGGAAUGAAAGCCGCCGACCAAUCCCAUGCCCCUCCUGUCCCUCGUCCCUUCCGUCGGGCGAAGCAGCCAAGCACCACCUCUCGCCACGAGGGCGAAGGAGGAGGAGCCGAUAGAAGGACAAGACCAUCUCGGCGUGGCGGUACCUCGAAGCGAGGAAGAGGGCGGCGACCUUGCUCCACCAAUUGGGGGGCGACGCGCGCACGCACAGGGGCGGCAGCAGCAGCGCUCAAUACCAGCAACCAAGAUUUGUCAUCAACCUCCGCUCAGAUCCAGUUCGUCUCCUCCCGGGGAUGUGAUGAUGAUUCGAAUCCCUGCGCUCAGAUCCAGAUCCUCCCCUCCCGGGGAUGUGUCGACGAAUCGAAUCCAAGGGGGGAAACUUUCCCCCUCAACCUGCGCUAAGAUCCAGAUCCUCCCCUCCCGGGGAUGUGACGAUGAAUUGAAUCCAAGGAAGAAACAUCUGCUGCGCCCUAGUCUCUCCAUCAUCCAGAAGCGAGCAAGAAGGCGGCCUCAUCAUCUUCUGCGACCUUGCUCCAGCCAGCCCGACGAUUCCAAGAUACCAGGGCAGAAACAUAUGCUGCGCCCUUGUCUCUCGAUCCAGCCGCCCCCAAAUUAUUGUUGGGGGGCAAAACGCUCGCGGACCAACAACAACAACAGCUGGAGGGACUGGUCCAACCUAGGCGAUGGGCCGGCAGGUCUGAUCGCUGAGCGCGUUCUCGCAUUUGACGUCGCAGACUAUCUCCGCUUCCGUGCCGUGUGCCGUCCAUGGCGGCACUGUUCCAUAGAACCACACACCCAUGGCGGGCUUGACCGCCGGUUCCAUCCCUGGCGGUGGGUACUGCUCCGCGAACCACUAGCUGCUCCAAACCGCCGUUGCUUCCUCAACUCCUUCACCGGCGAGUUCAUCCAAGUGGACCUCCCGGAGCUCCUUGACCAUGAGCUUCUUGCUGUCACCCCGGAGGGCCUCCUUGUCCUGCUCCACGACCACAACCACGUCCGCCUGCUCAACCCGCUCACGCGUCACGUCACAGAGCUACCACCGCUCACCACGCUGCUUCCUUCUAAAGACCAUGUCAUGCUUUCCUAUUUCAACAUAGACGACUUCUUAGCGACAGGCUCUGGCAUUGCUAGUGAUGAUUCAACAGUGUUGCUCUGCUUCAAUAGGUUCCGCAUUCUUGGCAUGGCAAAGCCCGGUGAUGACCACUGGAUUUUGCUGAAGUACAACCAUGAUGGGUUCACACACACACCCUUAAUGUUUGCAGGGCGCUUCUACUAUGUUAAGGUUAAGGGUGUCAUGGCGCUGCAAAUCUGUCCAAACCAGCCACCACGGCUGGAGGUGGCUGCCAAGCUGAAUAUGCAUGUCUCACCAAUUUCGGAAGGGUUGCACCUCGUCAACAGUUGUGGUGACUUGAUGCUGAUCCACCGUCAGAUUGUUCCAUUGACGUCGCCGGAUAAAUCGCGUUAUCAGUAUGACAUGUAUCGAGUGAAUUUGGAUACCGGAACACUAUUACCAGUCAAGAGCUUGGGUGGUAGCGCAGGGCGAGCAAUGUUCUGGGGCAUGCAUUGCUCUUUCUCGGUGCCUCUAGAGGUUUUUCCCUCUGGCUCCAUUAGCGCUGACACCAUCUACCCGAGCUUUGACUUUACUGAGAGAAGCCUGUUAAAAGUUGGAGCAUAUCAUCUCCUGGAUGGACACAUCGAACGACCAUCUGGCUUGUUGCAGCGGCCGAAUACUCUGGUUGACUGUCUAUCUUUGUCCAAUACGGUCGAUGAUGAGUAGUCUAGCCCCAUUUCCUUUGAUAAUUUAGCAUGAAUGGCUAUGCAAUAUGGACAUUGUCCCAUUAUUGCUAGCAUUUGAGUGAUUGUAUCUUGCUAGAGCUGAAGCUGAAUCAACUCUUUGCUGUGCUAAAAAUUCUGUACCUGUUAACACAAAUUCGAUGGGAGAUAAUAAUAAUCUAUGCUGCUACUCCUUUUUAUUUA